GUCUCCUUUCCUCCGCCCUUCAUCCUCCCGGCGGUCACUGCGCCUCCUGUCUGGCUUGUUUGGCUCCUAAGGCACCAUCCGACUACUAGUCUCUCCUUUCGCCUCGUUGCACAACACUGAGCCCAUCUAGUCCUCCGAGACACCGCCCACACGCUACAGCAGCACUAUCACCACCUCUUGGCCAGCUAUCUCAACAAGCCAUCCAUGUCUAGCAAAGACUACGAAAAGGCGCUUUCUUCUUCAGAGCAGAGUGGCUCUCAGACACUGGAAGUCCACGACGAGAAGACCUCUAACGACCCCCUUCCCUCCCCAGUUACUGCGCAGGUCGCCCGACCAGCGAACAAGCCGAAGCUCUCUGCCGCAGCUAUCAUCCCUAUCUGGAUUGUCCUGAGCUCGGCUGUCAUCAUCUACAAUAACUACGUGUACAAUACACUUCAGUUCCGGUUCCCCGUGUUCCUGGUGACAUGGCACUUAACAUUCGCGGCAAUCGGUACCCGUGUCCUACAACGCACGACGCAUCUCCUAGAUGGUGCGAAGGACGUCCAUGUUUCUAAGGAACUGUUCAUCCGCUCGAUCCUGCCUAUCGGCCUUCUCUUCAGCGCCUCACUCAUCCUGAGCAACACCGCAUACCUGUACCUCAGCGUGGCGUAUAUUCAGAUGCUCAAGGCUUUUGUACCUGUUGCGAUUCUGCUUAUUUCGUGGACCUUCCGGAUAGCAGAACCCAACAAGAAGCUUGCGGUGAUCGUCGUCAUGAUCUCGUCCGGCGUCGCACUCGCUUCCCAGGGUGAGCUCAAGUUCAACAUCGUCGGCUUCCUCACGCAAGCCGCUGCUGUUGUCUUCGAGGCGUCGCGCCUGGUCAUGAUCCAGAUCCUGUUGCACGGCCUGAAGAUGGACCCGCUCGUGUCGCUACACUACUACGCGCCCGUGUGCGCCAUCAUCAACCUUGCCGUGCUUCCGCUCACCGAGGGGCUCGCGCCCUUCUACGAGAUAGCUCGUAUUGGGCCAUGGAUCCUGCUGAGUAACGCAGCAGUGGCAUUCCUGCUGAACAUCGCAGCAGUGUUCCUCGUCGGUGCGGGCAGCGGGCUCGUGCUCACGCUCGCAGGCGUCUUCAAGGACAUCCUGCUCAUCAGCGGCUCCGUCCUGAUCUGGGGCACGUCGAUCACGCCGCUCCAAGUGUUCGGCUACUCGAUCGCGCUCGGCGGGCUCGUGCUCUAUAAGACGUCCGGCAGCAAGUGAAGGGGCUGCCCUCUUUCAUUGGCAGAUCCCCCACUCUUCUGUCCGACAGUGGAGUCGUGUGUUAUAUUGUGGUUGGCUUGGCGUAGGAUACAUUCUACUACACGUACGUGACACUGGUUACUGAGCACCGACGACGCGUCUCGUUCGAACGGUUGAUCCCCCCGGCAUUCUUGG